CGCGCGAUGUCACGUGAGUCAGGACCCGCCAAAAUUAUUAAUGGAGAAACAAUAAUAAAAGAAGAAUAAUAACUGGGUACUCUCUGACUCAUCACGUUCUUCUCUAAUAUCUUUCUUCACGCAUAUGGUGGUGUUCCUAUUCUACUGUCACUUCUCAUCUCCAAAACCCUACCCUCUCUCCACCAAUGGAUUCUCCCACCACCAACAAUCACAACCACAUCCACACUCACCACCUCAACGGCGCCUCCACCAUUUCCCAACCAUCUAAGAAGCCUAAGCUCUUAUCAUCAUCCUUCAUCACUCCCGCCGAGAUUCACGAGGAAUUCUCCCACCACGACCCCUCCGUUGCCCGCAUCAACAACGGAAGCUUCGGCUGCUGUCCCGCCUCCGUCAUCGCCGCCCAGCACCGCUCCCAGCUCCACUACCUCCGCCAGCCCGACAAUUUCUACUUCAACGAACUCAAGAAAGGGAUCCUCCAAUCCCGCACCAUUAUCAAGGACCUCGUCAACGCCAAACACGUCGAUGCCAUCGUCGACAACGCCACCACCGCCGCCGCCAUCGUCCUCCAGCACACCGCUUGGUCCUUCCACGAAGGAACCUUCCAGAAGGGCGACGUUGUCCUCAUGCUCCAUUACGCUUACGGCGCCGUCAAAAAGUCCAUGGAGGCCUACGUCACCCGCGCCGGAGCUAUAGAUCACGUUACUUCGAUGCCGUGUGUGGUGAUUCCGGUGAAGGAAUUGGUUCAGAUUUGUAGGGAGGAAGGGGUUGAAAAGGUUUUUAUUGAUGCUGCACAUUCAAUUGGGUGUGUUGAUGUUGAUAUGGAAGAGAUUGGUGCUGAUUUUUAUACCAGCAAUUUGCAUAAGUGGUUCUUUUGCCCUCCUUCCAUUGCGUUUUUGUAUACAAGGAAAACCCCUAAGGGGGGUUCUGAAUUGCACCACCCUGUGGUGUCUCAUGAAUACGGCAAUGGCUUGGCUGUGGAGAGUGCUUGGAUUGGGACCAGGGACUAUAGUGCCCAAUUGGUGGUUCCUGCGGCUUUGGAAUUCGUGAAUCGGUUCCAAGGGGGAAUCGAAGGGAUCAAGAAGAGGAACCAUGAUGCUGUUGUGGAGAUGGGGGAAAUGCUUGCCCAAUCAUGGGGGACGCACCUUGGGAGUCCUCCGGAUAUGUGCGGUAGCAUGAUCAUGGUGGGUUUGCCUACUUCUUUGGGGAUUGCUUGUGAUGAUGAUGCUCUUGGGUUAAGGGUGCAUUUGAGGGAACAGUUUGGGGUUGAAGUCCCUAUAUACUAUCGGCCGCCGAGAGAUGGCGAAGUCGGGUGUGUAACUGGAUAUGCCCGGAUUUCUCAUCAAGUCUACAACAAAGUUGAUGAUUAUCACAAGUUCAGGGAUGCAGUUAACCAACUUGUCAAUAAUGGUUUUACCUGUGCUCUCCUUUCAGGCUAAAGAGUUAGUAAAAGCUUCAAAGUAGUUUUAUGACGAAUAAAACCGGAUGGUUCUGCGGCUGCUCACGAGCUGGAUUUGUUGUAAUGGUUUCGGUACCAUGAACUCCAGGUUGUGUAGAGAAACUGCAGAAAAUGUUCAUCUUUGCUUUGCUUUGCUUUGCUGCAUUGUUCCCUGGGGAUUAACUUCAAUGUUGAGGUCAUGUAUUGAUCAUUGUAAAUAUAAUCCUGAUUCUCAGAUGGUUUGAUGCUUUUGACCUUCACUAUGCCAAUUGAAGUUUUAAGUUUAGCUCAAUGCCAAUUUUUCCACUGUAUAUCUACCAUGCCAUGUUCAUUUCUCCACCAUUGAUGAAGCUGUGGGGAUUUGAUCGUAGGUCAUGUUGAUCCUAAUUUCCUAAUCCUUUCACUACAAUUGCACAACCAUAAGCAAAUAACAGCAAAGCUAAAUUUGACGUAA